CUGCGUUGAGAUCUCACCCAUUAUUUAGGCAAUUUUUUUCCAGAUUUUAUAAUUUUCAGGUUUCGACAUUUAUAGAUAAAUUCGUUUUCCGUUUGGUACAGCAUGUUACACUUUUUUAUGAAUUUUAAAUAAUACUGAAUAGUGGUUCUUAUCUGUAGACUGUAGUUAUUUUGGGGCGAUGAAACUAUCGUCGGGAUAGAUUUCUGUUUUGAUUUCCACUUUCCACCGUUUCACACUCACGAAAAUGAGUUCAUACGAAUUUGGUGUUGGAGAUGAUCAGAUGACAGUGAACAAUCAAGGCGGAAGAUUCCUUCAGCCUGGAUACGUCGCCGUGCACUUGUUGUUCCGCAUCGCUGCUGUGAUCACAUACCUUAUCUGCAGUUUCGUCGCUGGUUUCGUCACCAGCUUCAUUGUGAUUGUCUUUCUCCUUUCCAUAGACUUCUGGAUUUGUAAGAAUGUGACGGGGCGAAAGUUAGUUGGAUUGCGAUGGUGGAAUUAUGUAGAUGACGAAGGCAAAAGCAAGUGGAUCUACGAAUCUAGAAAGCCGGAAGAAGGAAAACCGGUUAAUCCAGCAGAAUUGAAGAUAUUCUGGUCAGCAUUAAUUAUCGCUCAAGUUGUAUGGGGGAUAUUUUUCUUCUGGAAGUUAAUAUCAUUUGACAUGCGAUGGCUGGUGCUCGAUUGUAUAGCCAAUUUUCUGAACGGUGCCAAUUUAUUUGGAUAUUUGCGCUGUAAAUUCGGCAAAAAAGACGCCGAGAAUGCCGCCAUGAAAUAUAUUGCUCCACAGAUAUUUCGCAAUGCAUGGAGUGGCAUGACAUCUCGUUUCUCACGGCAAGGCAACGCAAAUAACAGAAGAGGAGACGAUUACAAUAACUUAACGGAUACACGAUGAUUUUCCCGAUUGUUACGCAGUUGGAUCGCUGGAUGUGCCGAAAUUCCACGUUUUUAAAUUUAACUCAGUUGUUUUACGCACCGAAAUUGUGCAGCGGUGAUCGUCGGUUUAGCCUUCAUUCUGCUGAUUAUCAUGUGGGAUCGACAAAACUUGUUUGGCUUCUAUUUUUAGGAAUCCAUGUGUUAUUGUCGCUUUUGUUGACCUUUUUAUAAUGUUUGAACCGAUGGCUUACUUACUCUUAUUGUGUACUGCAACUAUGGCAUCAGGUUCUGGACUUCUGGUUUCCGUGCAUCUCUGCGUAGGCAUCUUUAAUUUUCUAUCACUACACCACAAACUCGAAAUGGUUCGGGAAAGAAAACGGUUCGGGUUUU